GUUCAAGACCAAGGGAGCAAGAGGACUGUACAUGGAAACUUAACUUUUAUAAAGCGGAUAAUGAGAAGAUGAAAGACUUGUUUCGGGAAAUACAUAAAACACCCACGAAGAAGAAGAAGAAGCGAAGGCCUGACUCUCCAACGGGUCACCUGUACAGCAAGAGCAAGAGAGCACACGCCGCAUCCCUUCUGGCCCUGCCCAACCAGCCCCCUAAAACACCCCAGAAGAAGAAGACGACGAAGGCUCCACACCCACGGGCCAGCGCUGGGGACCUGCUGGCCAGCGACACCCUCAGCCCCAACACUGCCAGGACAACACCUCCACCACCGCCGCCGGGAAGUCUUAACCUUCUCAUGCAGCAGAAAGCUCUCACGGGCACGUCCACCCUCGACCACGACCACGGACCCUAGGCCGCCGGUGUGUGGAGGAAAAGAGAACAAGGAAAGAACGAGGACAACAACAACACACUCAGCUUCCGCAAAGGUU